AUGUGUGAUCAAUACAGAAAAUCAUACCGGCUCGGACGUCGCCCGGCUGAACAAGGUCCGCGUCCUCUGUCGAGGAACCAGGACAGAGUCGAAAAAUUGGCGACUGGAACAGCAACAACAACCACAACAAAAACAAAACCAACAACAGAUUCAUCAACAGCAAAUGCAACGACUACGAAUUCAUCAACAGCGAAUCCAUCAAUAACGAUUUUAACAACAAACCCAACCACAGCAAAUUCAAGAAAAACAAAUUCAACAACAGUGAAUCCAGCAACAGUAAAAGCAAAAGACUCAUCAACAACAACAAAGACAAUAACAGAUCCAGGAAGAGCCAAAACAAGAAAACCAAAUCAAACAACUACGAAUUUAACAACAGCGAAUUCAGCAACAGCGAAUUCAGCAACAACGAAUUCAACAACAACGAAUUCAGUAAUAGUAAAAACAAGAGAUUCAGUAACAACCAAUACCACGGGAACAUCAACGAGACCAGCAAGGAUAACAAACAAAUCAACAAUUACAAUAACAAAAGUUCCCAAAUGCAAAACACAAAAACUAAAGAUAACGAAGAACACGCUCACUGUUGGAACUUGGAAUGUCCGAACGCUAUGGGCAGCUGGAAAACUUGAUCUGUUGAGACAUGAAAUGAAUCGAUAUAGAUACGACAUUAUCGGUAUCUCAGAAGUUCGCUGGACGGGUAAAAGAGAAAUACCAAGAGGUGACUUCAUCUGGUCAGGAGAAAACAGCAACCACAUAAGAGGUGUUGGAAUCCUUCUCAGCACAAAAGCCAAAAAAUCACUCAUGAGCUACAAUCCAAUCAACUCCAGAAUAAUCAUGGCAAGAUUCAAUGCAACACCAUUUAAUGUAACAAUAAUUCAUGCAUACGCUCCAACAUCCGAUUCAUCUGAAGAUGACAUCGAAACAUUCUACAACUGCGUUGAGGAGGCUAUAGAAAAAGUACCCAAAAAAGAUGUGAUCAUCAUCACGGGUGAUUGGAAUGCAAAGGUGGGAACUGAUAAUACCGGUUGGGAGUCCGUCAUGGGUAGAUACGGCUAUGGAAGUAGAAAUGAACGCGGUGAACGACUAUUGGAGUUUGCUGCAGAACACAAUCUAUUCAUUUGUAACACAAGAUUUCAGCAAACAUCAAAUCGGAAAUGGACAUGGGAAUCACCAGAUGGCAUUCACAAAAAUAUGAUCGACUUAGUGAUCGUUCAAAAACGAUGGAAAACAUCUGUCACUAACUGUAGAACAUUCCAAGGUGCAGACAUCAGCUCAGACCACUCAUUGGUGCUGUGCAAUAUCAAAUUAAAACUGAAAAACAAACCACGACACAACCAACGAUAUGAUGUGAGCCAACUUAAAGACCAAACAACCAGACAAUCAUAUCAAGCAAGAAUAGAAGACAACUUAAAGAACAUUCACUCAACAUGUAAUCUAAAUGAACAUGCAGCACAAAUUGAAAAAGCAGUCAAAGAAGCACUACAAGCGACUGUCACAUUGGAAAAAACGUCAAAAAAGUCCUGGAUCUUCGAUCAAACAUUAGAUCUGACAGAUAAGAAAAGAAAAGCAAAACAAAUCAAACAUCUCUCAGCAGACAGCAUCAAAGAAUACAAAAACCUGUGUAACAAAGUGAAAAAUCGGCACGACAGGACAAAGAAAAGUGGAUACAAGAUCAAUGUGAAGAAAUUGAAAAAGGACUACAAGUUGGCAACAGCAGAAAAGCGUACAGUUUGGUAA